UAACACGAACGGUUAGUCAGUAACCGUCACAUCGUCUCAGCGGAUCUUUCAGAAUUGAUUCAUCAAAGUGACUCACAAUGGACCUCAGUGGUGAAUAAUAUUUUUACUCACAGAGACGACAGUGAAUGAGUGAAUGAUGGAGGGCAGGAGUGGGAUGAAGUGCACCACAGAAGCUCCUCACAGCGUCAUUCUGACUUAUUAUGAAGGAGAUAUUAACACGGUGGUGGAUGAACAUUUCUUCAGAGCUUUGAAUAAGAGCAGCAUGCCUAAAGACCUGAGCACCAAACCCCGAACCACACCACCCACUCAACCAGGUGCUUCGUCUUCAUUCUCGUGGUCUCCAUCUGGGUCCAGCAGCAUGUUUUCUCCAAGGCUCACCAGCCAUUUGGGACAGAGCCAGUGUUUCUCCAGUGAGGGAGCAGUUCGAGCACCAUCAGUGAUCAGAAGUAAUCCUGAAACUUCUGCUGCUACCUGGGGUUUUCCUAAACACUACACAGCACCUUUACCAACACACCCUCUGCAGCCAGAGUUACAGAUGAACAAAAGCAGACCAGAUUUCUACUGGCACUGAGGUCACGACCUCCACCCGCACAUAAAGAACCUUCAUUAUUAAUGAACUUUCUUUAUAAUAGUCUUAUUAAAUUAUUAAAUAUUUGUACAAUUUAAAGAAAAAAUGAUGUAAAAACACAGAAUCUGUUUCAUUUCAUCCCUUAUUUCCUUCUGGGUCCAAAACACUGAAAAAUAAAUAAAAAUGUCUUUUUGUUUUAUCAGAAAUGUACAAUUAUUGUGAAA